ACUUAAUUAAAUAAUAUUGAUUAAGUUGACGUAGAUUUUCUAUAAUUAAAUUGGACAAAUAAACUGUACUAUUACUCUUCAGUUGGUGCAAACAAGCAAAGAAGCAUUUACUUCCCUUAUUAAAUUCUUCCAAGAGAAAAAAACCUCUAUUAAAUCACUCACCUCUUUUUUGAGGGACCCACUACAUUUCCUCUCCACCUUCGCAUUCAUUUUCAUCAUCCUUUAUAACUUACUCGUUCUCAACCUCUUUAUUUGCUUCUUCAUUAACGAAAAACAAACAAAAUUUUUUGUAAGAGCAAAAAAAAAAAAAAACACAAAAAUGAAGCUUCUUCCUACAAUUUUGUUCAAACCAAAAGAUUGGAGGCCAAUAUGCACGCAACAACCUAAGACAUCGUCUUUCCGAAUUACGACGUUGAAGGAUGAUCAUAUCUACAAGACCAUCAAUUCCGUGUAUUUCGACAAUGAGGCGGAUACAAUCGAAACCCCGGACUCGUGGUUUACGAACUCAUCCGAGGCAGGGAGUUUGUCUACCGCUGAGUGUGACGACACUUCGGUGGGAGAGAGGGAGAUUCAUUUAGAGGCGAUAGUCCGCGGAGCACAACAGUCGUCCUCCGUGGACCAUCGCCUGUUUUUUGACCGUGGAGAGUCAGACUCCCCGAGGUUACAGAAUACUGUAACGGAAGAAAAGAUGAGUUCUAGAACGGCCGAAAAGCGGCCAUUUAAGAAGUCGGUAGCGAUGUCGCUCGAAAGCGAGGACCCGUACGUGGAUUUUAGGAAGUCGAUGGAGGAGAUGGUGGAGAGUUUAGGAGUUAGAGAUGAUUGGGAAGGGUUAGAGGAGUUGCUUCGUUGGUAUUUGAAGAUUAAUGGAAGAGAAAUUCAUGGGUAUAUUAUUAAUGCUUUUGUUGAUUUGUUAGCUGAAGUUAAAAUCAUUGAUGAUGAUGUUAAAAAUGGUGAUUAUAAUCAUGAAAUUUCUAAGUCUACUACUUCUUUUUCUUCUGCUGCUUCUUCUCUUUCUUCUUUGGGUUCUUCUACAUUAUUAGAUCCUAUGAUUUAUUGAAUUAUUUUUUGUUUUAGCAUUGUUUUGAUUGACUUUUUUGCCCUUUUUAUUGAUUGUAUUAUUAUGUAAAGUUUGGAUAAAUAUGUAUAAUUUUGUAAAUAGAUAUAGUAAUAUACUAAUAUUAAUGUAAUGUUUGAGAGAGUUAGAUGAUUAAUGUUGAGAUAAUUUUUAAUUUUUAACUGCAUGAAUUAUAGAUGUGGUUGACUAGUAGUAAUAUUAAAUGUUGUUUACGUUGUUGGAUGUGGUCAAACUGUAAGAUUUUAAUUUCAUGACCACUGAGUUAAAUUGAUUGGAGAGUGGAUAGUUUUGGUAUCUGCAACCUCCAUUAAUUGUGAGACUGUUUGUGCAUUGGAGUGAUAGCUCAGUGGAGCCACUCUCCGUUUCCGUGGCUUAGACCCGGGAUCGAGGCACACCCGGGCAUUUCCACUCACAUAUUCCUCUUGUAAUAUGAAGGAUUGUGGGGCCUUGCUUAACAAUUAAAAAAAUAAACUAAAAUAAAAUAAU